AUGGAGACCUCCGAGUCCAAUUCUUCGCUCCGCGAUACGGAAAACAUCGCACCCAAGAUCAUCAAUGACGACCACCCUGCCAUCCGCACCCUGAUCGAGAAGCAAGGCUUGGAUAAUGUACACCUAGCCCAUGUUCCCGUCAGCUGGCGAGGACUGAGCGUCUCUGCCCCGGAUGCGGGCCCAUUCAAUGUCGUCAAAAAGCUCCCUUUUCCGAAGGAAUUCGGGGAGACCAGGAGCCGAAAUCUCCUAGAAGGUUUCAGGGGAAUUGUGAACCCAGGUGAGAUAUCGCUGGUUCUGGGCCGUCCGGGAAGUGGAUGCUCGACGUUCCUGCGCGCGUUGGCGAAUCGAACGUCCCUCGAGGAGGAUCAGCAUAUUAAAGCCUUGACUGUGCGUCAGACGUUAAGCCUCGCUCCCCAGAUGAGCCUGCCGUCAGAGGUGCGCCAUGGCGCGAUGGUCGAGGAGCUGGUUCAGUCGAUGGCGCAGAUGUUCGGCAUCGACCAAGCCUUAGAUACGCCUGUCGGUGGCUCUUUUUACGCCGUUCUCGCGGCCGGGUCGUCGGUGCAAUGUUUCGACAAUUCCACACGCGGCCUGGACUCGUCUACCGCACUGGACUUCGUCAAGGCGCUUCACCUGCUCACGAUGGUGGGCGAUCGAACCACUAUGGCAACCAUAUACCAGGCCGGAGAGACCUUAUACAACUACUUCAAUAAGGUACUAGUCAUCUACGAUGGAGGGCAAGCCUUCUUGGGCAAGAUUGACGAGGCCCGACCGUACUUUGAGGAUCUAGGCUUCAUGCGUGCGAAAGCCCAAACAAUCGCUGAGUUUCUCUCCUCUGUCUCCGAUCCUGCCCACCGUGAAGCCACACCGGGAAGCGUGGCCGCGAACAUGCACACGGCUGCCGACUCUGCGGCCGCGUUCGAGCUCCCCGCACUACGCCAGUAUACCGCUAAGUCAACGGGAACCGCAUCGUUCGAUCGGUCCUACCCGCUGCAACUCUGGGAGUGUCUGCUGCGCGAGAUCCAGCUCGUGCGUGGCCAGGCCAUCGUCCACUACGGCAAGUGGAUCGCCACCAUUCUUUUAUGUCUGAUUAUCGCAAGCGAGUAUUUCGACGUCUCGGCGGAUGCCCAGGGUGCCUUCUCCCGUGGCGGUUCGAUUCCCUUUGCCCUCAAUAAUGGCAUUUUUGUCAUCGUAUUCUACUUUCUGGCGGGGCUACAGGUCGAAGCGAGCAAAUUCUUCUUCUUCUGGUUCGUCCUGAUCUUGUCGACUAUCUGCUUUAGCGGUUUAUUGCAGAUGUUUGCGUACUACGUGCCUACUUUGGAUGAUUGCUUCCGGUUCGGCGGCACCGGCUCGACUAUUACCAUCUUGUUCUCUGCUUUUCUGGUCACGACCAAUGACAUGAGACCCUCCUUCGGCCGGCUACACUACCUCAGUCCAAUUAAUUAUGUCUACGAGAGUGUCUUCGUUAACGGAUUCGACAGCCUGAACUUUGACUGCAGCGGUAACAUGAUUCCCGAUAUGCUCUGUGCAAACCCAGAUCACCAGAUCUGUAUUGUUACCGGAACCAAAGAUGGUCAAGUUUCAAUCCCUGGUAUACAGUACGCUGAAGCCAACGGGCUAUAUCUCGAACAUAAAUGGCGUAACGUGGGCAUCCUCUUCGUCUUCAUCGCUGCGUACGUCAUCAUCAGCAUGAUCGGCAGCGAGUUGAUGCAGUUUACACCCCAGGGCGGCUCGCCCAUCGUGUAUGCCAAGAAGGGCCAAGCGCAGUCGAAAUCACAUUCGGACUCGCGGCGCGGAGCUGACGGGACUGUUGAGAAAUAUAUCGAGCGUGAACUGCCUGGGCCUUGUGCCGAUACGCAGAAGUCUUGUCCUACCAAAUAUAGUAGUCCCUCGCUGACCUGGAAGAACCUGACUAUUGACCUUGGUGAGAAACACAUCAUCAAGGGCAUCUCAGCAUAUAUCCGGCCGGGUGACUUCGUGUCAAUAUGUGGUACCAGUGGUGCUGGGUUUGCACAACAGGCUGUUCUCCGUGAUCUAACGGCAACAGUUCGGGAAGCACUGGAAUUUUCUGCUCUCUUACGCCAACCCGACGCCUACUCGCGCGCUGAGCGGCUCACAUACGUGGAGUCGGUUCUCAACCUGCUGGAUUUGAAGCAUAUCGCUGAUGCCCUAAUUGGUGAUGAAAACUCUGGAUUGGCAGUUGAGAUGACAAAAAGAGUAACGAUUGGCGCAGAGCACGCACCUCGACCUCACGUGCUGUUGGCCGACGAGCCAACCUCCGGUCUGGACUCCGAAGGCGCAGCCAACAUCGACGAGUACCUGUGCAAACUCUCUCACGCUGGUCAGGCAGCGAAGCACUGGCGCGAGUCUCCUGAGGCGAAGGCCGUGUUGGAGGGCAUAGAUCGCAUCAACAAGGACUACAAGGAAGGAAAUAACUGCGUGGAUGAGGAGAUUGGUCAUGGCGAACUCAACGCCUCUAUCCUGGUUCAGUCGUGGCUGCUCACUGUCCGAAUGCUAAAGAACCAGUGGCGUAACCCGCCAUACAUGUACUCGAAGACUUGGGUGCAUGUUAUCCGUGCGAUUUUAACUAGUACGACUGUCUACAAGCUCGGAACAUCUCCUAGCGAUCUCCAAAACAGGGAAGCACACAGGCAUCCAUCCACCUACAGAAUCAUUGAACCCGGAAAACACCCUACUGACAUGAAUGGAAAUAAAAUCAGAAUGCUAAGUGUCUUCUCCAUCGUUGUUCUGGUUAACACGAUCGUCAAUACCGUCCUUGCUCGCGAGUAUCGCAGCCGAGAUGUCCGGCUCUCUGGUAUGCUGUUUUCUAUGUACUGUCAUUUGGUACUGCCUUGCGGAUUGCCCAACGGCGAGGCGGCCGGUUACGUCUUCCUGUCAUUUUUGACCGAGGUGUUUGAGGUCCGCUUCGGCUUAUUGAUGAUCGGCAUGAGCCCUGACCUCGGAACAGCCGGCAAUAUUCUUGUUUUCCUAGUUUGCUCGGUCAACUGGUUCAACGGGAUCAUUGUUCCCUAUGAACAGAUUCAGGUCUUUUGGUGGUACUGGAUGUACUGGAUUAAUCCUUUCACCUACCUCCUCGGCAGUCUUGUCACUGCAGUUAUCGAGGACCAACGCGUUGUUUGCAGGGGAGAAGACCUCUAUUUCCUGCCCCCGCCGGCUAACGAAACAUGCGGCUGCUACCUCUCUUCCUGGGCUAGUUCCGCCCAGUACACCAUGGGAAAUCAGUAUCUGGAGAGGUUCCGGCUAGGUGGUGGAGAGAACGGCGGGAUCUGGGGUGAUUGA